GGUGGAUUCCUGGAAAGGUAAAGACGUCAUGUACUACAUCGAAAUAGUAAAAUCAUCUAGUGAUAAUUCUCUAACUCCAGCAUUUGCUGCCAUCAUAUGCUUAUGGGGGACGAUCUUUAUGGAAAUUUGGAAAAGGAAGCAGAUUUCUUUGGCUCGCCAGUGGCAUGUGGACAACUUCGAUCAGGUGGAACCAGAUAGACCUCAAUUUCGUGGGACCAAGGAGGUUUACAAUCCUUUCAGUCAAAAACUGCUGCAGUACUAUCCUUUUCACAAGAGUAUGCUGAAAUACUUAAUGUCAUUUUCUGUCCUCGUGAUGAUGGUGAUGCUUGUAUUUAUAAGCGUAACUGGUGUAAUCGUCUAUCGCGUGUGGAUGACUGUUUCUUUCUGCAGCCCGGAAGACAAAGUCUGUGACCUAUUGCACGGAACCAUAAUUGCAACACUCCUGAAUACUUUGUCAAUUAUGAUAUUAGGAAAGAUUUAUGAAUAUAUCGCUGUUAAACUCACUGAAUGGGAAAAUCAUCAAACACUGAGUGGACAUAACGAUGCCCUUGUUAUCAAGUUAUUUGCUUUUCAGUUCGCGAAUACUUACGCAUCACUUUUCUAUACUGCAUUUUUUAGACGGUAUCGACACAUAGAAGUGAAUGCGUCCUUUUACCUUGUGGCCCUUGGUCCCAUUGUCUCUGCAACUGUACUUUGGCCAUCACCUUUAGCGUAA